AUGUCUCAUCGGAUAAUCCUUAAGACCCCAACCGGUACCGUCUACCGGCAGCAACCGCUGCUGCAAAGCCAUUCCACGUCUUCCGGUUUUUCCGGCGUCGACGAUGGCAGCCAUACCGUGAUCAGAAGCAGCAGCUCGAGGAAGAGUGCCAAGUUUGGGGAGUUUUGUGGGGGAACGACGGCCGAGUGUGCGGCGGUUUGUUGUUGUUUCCCUUGCUGGAUAGCGAACCUCCUGGUGUUAGUGAUUUAUAAAGUCCCGGCAGGGCUUUGUCGGCGUGCUUUCCGCCUGAAACGGCGGCGGAAGUCGCAGAAGAAAGGGUUGUUUAAAGGGAGGGAUGGUUGUGGAUGUGAAGAUGGGGAAUUGAGUGAUGAAGCGGUGGUUUGUGUUAAAGAUAUUGUGUUAGAUGUUAAGGUUUGUGAGGAAGAAGAUAAAGAUUUGUUUGAACUUGAAGAAGAGAUGUGGGAGAAGUUUGGUGGUAGUGGCUUUUGGCGAAGUCCUUCUCGAACAGAAACAGACCCACCCACCAUUACAAUUUAG